CACAAUAAUAAAUAUGCCGUCUGUUUUGAAGCGGGAGAAAAAUCCCCCGGUGCUGAAAUAAAAAGUUCUGAAUAUUUGUGAUAAAACUGCAUCUCAUACAACCAAUUUAGUCAUGGCAGAGGGAUUACCUUCUUUAUCAUGGCAGGACAAGAUUACUCAAGCUAAACUGAAGAUAAAAAAAUGGGAGGGGGAGUUCAAGGUUGCCAACAGUUGCCGUCCAGAUAAGGCAGCCUUAGCUACAGCGCCAGAUGACAUCAAGGCAGCAUACAAGGCAUAUCACUACUACCGUAAAACUCUGGAACACUUAAACAGUGCUACAACAGAGCCUGAGAGAGGGACAAGUGGGAAUUCAUGUACAAACAGUUUAGACCAGAAGACUGUUGAUAAAACUGUGGAUGAGGAGAGUUGUGGUACUGUGUUAAAGACCCACAGCAUCAGCAGCAGUCUGAUUCCCAAUGGUAAAGACUCUUCCCCAAAAAAUAAUCAUUCUGAAAGAGUAACAACUGAAAAUGGCGAAGAAGAGCAUUUAGAUGCUGAUGCAAUAAAGAAAACAUCCACAGUGUGUGCUCCCUUACUCUCACAGGAUCCUGGUGUUUCACAUGAGGUAACAACAGACACUUUAGCCUUACAACCAUAUACCACCAGUAAAGACAAUGUAUGGGGCACACACCUCAAUAAAAGUGAUCACCAGACACUUAAGAAAGUGAACAACAAGCAUGAGUCUUUGUACUCAAAAAUGGCUGAAAAGCUUCGAGCUAGAAGCUCCAUAAAAGUGAGAACAUCCCUCAAGAAAUCUAAAGAUAGUAUAGUUCCACUUAAAAGAGAGAUGCCAGGUGUACUAAAAGCUCAUAAGCAUUCGUCAUCUGUUGAGACAAACACUGACGUAGAUGCUUGUACUGACAAAGAAAAUGUUUUUGGAGUGGCUAGUGAAGACAAACCAAACUCACACAUACCUGUAGGUGGUGGCCUCAGUGCUCAAGACUUAGCCACUGCAGACAGAACUUUGAAUGGACAGUGUGCUUCUAGGCUUGAUACACCAGUUCCAGAAAAUGAAAAACCCUUUGUAUCUGAAAGUAUAGCAGAAACAAAGUCAAGUAUAUUUGAUACCCUGGAAAAUAAUUCCUCUAAAGUCCUCUUUAGAGUACAAAGAGGACAAGUCACUAAAAAACUCCAAACUCAAGCCAUCAGUGCCAUUUCUCACAUCACAUUUGCAGACCCACAAAGUGAUUUGUUGGCCACCAGAAGAAAGGCAGGUCUAAACCAUGGGUGGGUGGUGCGAUGUACAGGUACAGAUGUUCUUGGUGAGGAACAGGAAGGCAAAGAUUUGACUGAUUCAUCUGAGUCUUGGAAAAUGAAGCUUAUUGACAGAGACUGGGUAAGUGAUGACAAAGAUACCCAAUGUUUACCACCACAAAUCUUAACCUCCAGUAUGGAUGAUGAUGAUGAUGAUGAUGAUAAUGUUGACCAGAUGCAACCUGAUUUAAUCACCUCAUCAAACAGGAGAGACCACCCUGUGCAUAGGAAACACAAAGCCACAAAAACUAAAAAUAAAGAACCAGUAUUAAGAAAAAAAGAUAAAAUGGUAAAAAAUGGUUUAAUGCAUGAAAGGGGGAACGUUUGUGAAGUAACUGAAAAAACCUCAGCCAUAGAAGAAACAAGUGAUGCCGAGACUGAAGAACAACCCAAAGUACGACGACUUAGAUCAAGGAAAAACAUGAUUAACAGUCCCCCAGAGAGUGUCAGGACAGAUUUUCAUGUAGAGGAAGAUGUUUAUAAUUUUCAUAGAGAAAUUUCUUCCCCUGAAAGAGAAACUGAAAAUGACACGACUUGGGUAGACCGAAGACAGGGAAGAUUGAGAAAGGAAGAGACUUGUGACUCUAAGUUUCUUGAUGAGAACGUUGAGGCUGAUAGUGACACAGAUUCUCGCCCAAGAAAGGGGGUAAGUGACGAAGAAUAUCAAAUUGAGGAAGAAAACCCCCAGAAUAUAAAAGGAAGGAAAAGGAAGAAAGUGGAAAGCCUAGAAGACCUGGAAGAGAGUGGGAAGAUCCAGUCCGUUUGGCCACCACCCAAGAGAAAAAGAAUAGGCAAAAAGAAGACAGCGAGGACUGCAAUGGAGGUGAAGAGACUGCCACAAAUGGAUGGCAUCGUAAAUCAAGCGGCAAAAGGAGGAAAAAGAAAAGCACCCAAGGCCAAAAUGCCAAAGGCUGUUACAGUAGCCAAGAGGAAACAACAAAAAGACACAGAGUCAAGUACAAUUGCCAAAAAGACUAGAAGAAAGGUGCCAAAGACUCAAAAACUGACCAGUCAAGUCCACCAGAAACAGAAUGAAGGGCUACAGUGUUCACAGCCUGGCAAUGACGAUUAUAAUGAAUUGGAGGAUAUAGAGGCACAUGGCUUGAAAAAAACAAAUGGUAAACCGUACAUGAGCACCGAAGAACGUUUUAUGAAGAAAAUCGCUACUGGGGCUUGCAACAAUAACUUUGUACGUAUUAACCUGAAGAAGAAAGUAUUUGUUCGUGGCAAGAAGGGCAUGACUGGUGGUAAAUACAAAAGACAGGAAUGGAAAAAGAAACAGAUUAUGAAGAGUGCUGAUGGUGGUAACUUGGGUGCCAUAAAGAAACUAACAUGUUUCAAGUGUGGUGACUUUGGACAUUGGUCCAAGAAUUGCAUAGGUAAGAGAGGAGAUAAUCUUCUCCCUUUAGAAAAUUAUAAUGAGAAGGAAUCAACAUUUUUGAGCCUAGAGGAAGCAGCAUCAAUGGCCUUGGGAAUCAAACCUUGUAGCAGUGCAUUGCCAGUGUCCAAAUUAUUCCUUAAAGAAGAAGCAGGAGAAAGAAAUGAUAACAAAGAUGAAUGUGUUAAAGGAGAGCAAUCUGAUGGAACUCAUGAACCAACAGGAAGUAAAGUAGCUGAGGAUAAACAGGAGGUUGGCAUGAAUGUUGAUGAAAAUGAGAUGCUCUUAAAUCCAGAUGAUGAUUGCACAGAACAGUCCAAAGAUGAUGAUUGCACAGGACAGUCCAAAGAUGAUGAUUGCACAGGACAGUCCAAAGAUGAUGAUUGCACAGGACAGUCCAAAGAUGAUGAUUGCACAGGACAGUCCAAAGAUGAUGAUUGCACAGAACAACCCAAAGAUGAUGAUUACACAGAACAGUCCAAAAACAAUGAUAUAUUUAGUCCCAUGGAUUUAGAUGAUGAUAUUUUUGCUGAUAUGGAAGAAACUGAUGAACAAAAUGAUGAUGAUAAAGUUUACACAAGAAGUACAGAACCUACUAAUACCCAGCAUUCAGGUUCUUCACAACAGCCAAAUUUAUUAUCUUAUAAUUCCCUAGGAUAUGAUAGACCAACUGUUGAUCCUCUUUAUCCUUUAGACAAUGGAGAGGUUGGUUCUACCCCAGAGGAAGUAUAUGAUGCACUUGAGAUGUUUGGCUACUCCUCCUUCAGACCAGGUCAGGAGAAUGCCAUCAUGAGAGUCUUAUCUGGGCAGUCAACUUUGUUGGUCCUCUCAACAGGUUCUGGCAAGAGUUUAUGCUACCAGCUUCCAGCUUACCUUUAUGCCAAACACAAUCACUGCAUCACCCUAUGUGUAUCACCACUUGUGUCACUCAUGGAGGACCAAGUUACUGGUCUUCCCAGCUUUCUGCACGCCGUUUGCCUUCACACACACCAGAACACAACCCAGCGUUCAUUUGCCAUCAAUGCCAUACAGUCAGGAACUGCUCACAUUUUGCUUGUUUCUCCAGAAGCUGUUGUAGCAAGCCGCAGUGGUGGAGUACUUGGUUCUCUUCUUAAAGAUUUACCUCCUGUAGCCUUUGCCUGUCUGGAUGAAGCCCAUUGUGUGUCAGAAUGGUCUCAUAAUUUCCGUCCGUCAUAUCUUCGUGUGUGUCAAGUCUUACGAGAGAGGUUAGGCAUUCAGACAAUUUUAGGAUUGACAGCUACAGCUCGCCAAGCCACAGCUCUCAGCAUUGCACGACAUUUGCUCAUUCCUGAUUUUGACACUGGAGUAAUUCGUGGAGCAAGUGUUCCAGAAAACCUCUUGUUGUCUGUAUCUCGUGAUGAAUUCCGGGAGCAGGCAUUGAUAACGUUGCUUCAAGGAGACAGGUUUUCAGAAUGCAGCUCCAUCAUCAUAUAUUGCACUCGACGGGAUGAAUGUGAGCGAGUUGCCACACUGAUCAGGACUCAGCUCAUGAAGCCUACAAAGGUCGAUGUAAAGAGCAACCUGAAGAGGACAAGGGGAAUAUCUUUUGAUGCCGAGGCUUACCACGCUGGACUGAGCUCAUAUAGGCGGCACAAGAUUCAGAAACAAUUUAUGUCCGGCAAGUUGAGAAUAGUUGUUGCCACAGUGGCAUUUGGCAUGGGUAUAGACAAGGCCGAUGUACGGGGUGUCAUUCACUUCAACAUGCCCAGAAACAUUGAGAGUUACGUGCAGGAAAUUGGGCGUGCUGGACGUGAUGGUGAAGAUGCUCAUUGUCAUUUGUUUCUUGAUGCACGUGAUGGGAGAGAUAUCCAGGAACUCAAGAGACACAUUUAUGCCAAUUCUAUGGAUCGGCACACAGUAAGGAAACUCCUGAACAAAAUUUUCAAACCUUGUGCUUGUUCUAAAGUAAAAGAUCUUGAAAUAGAAUGUGUGACCAGAGAGGAAAAUACUAAUGAAGGGAACAGUGUUGAGGUUAAUAGUAGCAAGGCUCCAGCAUCACCAUCUGCUGUGUCACCUCCUGAUGCCCCAUCUUCUCCCAGCAACAGUCAGACAUUGUCCAGGACAAAUGAAGCCAAUGAAGAUAGCAACAUCUCAAUAAAUGAACGCACCUCUGCUGAAGACUCUUUCUCAGUACUGUUAUCUCGGUCUUCCUGUCCAAGACAUGAAGUAGCAAUACCCAUAGACGAUAUAGUGAAAGAACUAGAUCUUCCUGAAGAAAAUCUUGCAACACUGUUAUGUUACUUGGAACUGCACCAAGGAAGUAUCAUUCAUCUCAAUUCACAUGCAUAUGCGAACUGCACAGUGUCAUGCUAUGGAGGGCCUAGACAGUUGGUGGCAGUGAGUCGCAAAUGUCCACCUCUGGCCGCUGCCAUUGCCCUCGAACGUCAAAAAGGAGUUAGAUUUGAAAACGUUAAUCGAGUGAGUUUCCCUGUGGUGGAGGUAGCCUCUUGCAUGGGCUGGAAUAGCAAGAUAGUAAAAAGGGAAUUAAAGUCACUGGAGUGGAACACACAAGAUCUUUCACGAGGAGGAAGUGUCAAACGAUCAGGAGUAACGGUGGAAUUCACUGAUCUCUCUUUUCACAUGGAAGCUCGAGGAGAUUUGAGUAAUGAUGAGCGCGAUCAACUUCUUGAUAACCUUUUUAAGCGUGCUCAGACCCAGGAACAAAAUCAGCUGCUGCAGCUCCAUUAUACAUAUGAAAAGCUACGUUCUGUUUCCCACAACUCUAUUCUGCUAUGUUGUGAUUCUGUUGAUAUGAACCGUUGUACCAAACUACAAGGGGAAUUGCGAAGGUACUUCUCGAAGGAUGGUACAAAUUUGUCUGAGGUUCAACUUGAGGAAAAAGUAUAUAUUCGACCCGAGAUAGAAGCAGGUGUUCGUAGUAGUGUACGUGCUUUUAUAUCUACCCACAUGGAUCAUCAGUGGACAGGUCGUGCUGUAGCACGAGUCUUCCAUGGUAUAGGUUCACCAAACUUCCCUACUGAGGUAUGGGGUCGUGUUCGACGAUUUUGGAGACAACAUUUAAAUGUGGCCUUCAAUAUACUGGUGAGACUUGCUACUCAGGAAAUUCUCAGAUGUAAAUAGAAUUCCUUUUGUAAAAUUUAUUUAGAACCAGUGUUUUAUAAGAGUUUUAAUGCUGAAAUUGAAAUAACUUACAUAAAAAACAAUGUAAAUAAAUGUAUUUUCAUUCAUGGAUUGUAUUCAUCUAAAUUGUCAAGUCUUUUUAAUGUCAAUAAAUUUUCAUAUUCA